AUGUCUGGACAAAGACAAGAGAUGGAAUUGAUUAAGCAAGGGUCAAAAUUAGCUAAAUCAAGCAAAUAAGCAUUGAAAAGAACAGGGACGAUAUUGUCUGAUAAAUCGAGUUCUUCUUUUGAGGAUAGUAGAGUAACUUUGUUACUAUUUGAAAAAUACCGAAUCGUAGAGAUGACCAGAUUUUGUGUGAUAUUUGCAUGCUAAAUCUUAGCUAUCCUAUAGUACGAAAGCUCGUUUCAGGAUCAAUUUGAAUAGAACUUUGAUAGCGAAACUACUCUGCUCCUUUACCUAAUUUUCUUUUAAACCAUAGUUGCAAUCACUCUUACUUUAACCUCCUACCAAGUCCUAUUAGCAUACCAGAAGAAGGCUAUGAUUGUGACCCCACAAGCCAGUCUUCUAGAAUCCAAUCUCAUUUAUGGACUCAUAAUAGAGGUGUUAUUAAUGAUCCCUUCUCCCACUCCUUUUACUCAGAGGAUCAAGGUUCCAUUUCAUUAACGUUAUACAGACGCCCCGCGCUAUUAUUACGUGAAUGAAAUUCUAACUUACCUUCUUACCUGUCGAGUGGCCUUGCUAAUCAACAUCGCACUCAAAUUUUAAGCAUUUUACAGUAGCUAAAUUGGCAGAUUAUGUCGUCUCUAUUCCACAGAUUUUGAUACACAUUUGGUAUUCAAAAUAUGCAUGAAAGACAUUCCUGGGUUUACUUUGAUGGGCUUAUUUUGUGCUGGAAUGCUUCUAUUUGGCUACAGCAUGGAAAUUGCAGAAAGAGCCCUUUUACGCGAUGAAACCUCAUUUACUAAUUACAAUGUCGGCCAGUCACUUUGGGUCACUCUCAUUACAAUUGCUACUGUUGGUUAUGGUGAUUUCUAUCCCACAACUGAUUUAGGCAGGAUUUCCAUGGCUGUCUGUGUAUUCUGGGGUGUUUCCAAUACUUCACUCUUUACUGCUAUGCUCUACUCGAUGUUGCAAGCAGAAACCAGCGAGGAAUUGGUUUGGGCUUUGCUUGAAAAAGCAAACGUGAGGAAUAUCAUGAAGGCUUUUAGUUAAUAUUUGUUUGUCAGAAUCCAGAAGCUCAAAUUAAAGGCUUCAACUGAAAACAAGAAUGAUAAAAGCAACUACAAAGAAUAAGUUGAUUUGAUUCAGGAAACUUUAAAAGCAAUUAGUUAAAUGAAAAGAUAAUACAGGGAUAUCGAUGGGGAAGCCACCAUGGUCAUGGCAAAGAGGAAGUUCAAAGAUAUAAAUAACAUGUUUGAAGAACAAAUUUCUUAUUUGAAGGAAUCUAAACGACUGCAAUUCCUCACAAACAUCAAUUUUUAAUAUUGCUAUAAAUCCAAUGUUACUUCAGAUUAGAAACAUAAGCAAAGCUCCCCGCACAUUCAAACUUAUCAAACCGAUGACAAGCAAAGUAAAGACGAAGCCUUUUUUGCCAAUUUGUAAGACAAUGAAUCCAAUCUCCUUUUGAUGGACUUUCGUGAUUGA